GACUGUGCCGCUGACGAUUGUGUGUUUUAAUUAAAUCAUAUUUAAGAAUCUUAAAACGCAAGAAACCUAGCUGGCACAGAGUGGUAACGGCAGAAGAUUGGCGCGAUAUAAUUAAGUGCAGCAGAUAUUCAAUGCGCCGCGCACAAGAAGCGACACAACAAAAGAGAAAUAGUACAAAGAAAUUUGUCUUCCUGCUUUUGGCCGCCGCCGCCGCCGCCGCCGUCGCCGCCGUCGCCGUCGCUGCCGCUGCCACAGAAGAAGAGAGCGCAAAAAGAAAAAAAAUGCAACAAAAUACGGAAGCAGAGCAAUAAAAACGCAACAAUAACGUGGACUGACGAUAAUUGUGCAAUUAUUGAAAGAAUUGUAUAUUUAUUUUCGGUUGCAAGUUCUUUGUGUGAGAAAAAUAUACAUACACACAUACAUACAUAAAAAUAAAUUACUAGCAAUUCACAUAAGCAAUAACAACAACAUCCACAGCAGGCAGUGAAAAAUCUCAAUCUCGCAACCAAAACGACGAAAGCAGUGGCAGAAAAUUUAUUAAAAAAUAAAAUAAUUUGUAUAAUUUUUGGCUCAUUUGCUAAACAUAUCAAUUCAAAAGGAGCACAAAAUUUUGAGUGAGGUUUUCAAAGUUGUUAUUUAUGCAAAAGUGCGUCGCCCAGCAAACACAUUUCUAAAAUGGAUGACAAAUUCAUCGUAUUCAAUGCUGCACGCGAUAAUAACCUGCCCAUAUUGAUGAACGUGCUGUACAAGAAAACGACGUCAGAAAUUGCGGCAUUGAUAUCGGCUAAAGUGAACGGAGCCACACCUUUGGUCAUCUCCUGUCGGAACGGACACUACGACAUUGUAGAAUAUUUAUUGACAAAGUGUCGCGCCAAUGUGGAACAGGUUGGCUCCGUUAGCUUCGAUGGCGAGCCCAUCGAGGAUGCGCCGCCUCUCUGGUGUGCCGCCGCCGCCGGCCAUUUGGGCAUUGUCAAGAUGCUGGUGCGCCGUUUUGCGAAUGUGAACAGCACGACGCGAACGAACUCGACACCGUUGCGCGCCGCCUGCUUCGAUGGCCACUACGAGAUCGUCAAAUAUUUGGUGCAUCACGGAGCAGACUUCGAGGUGGCCAAUCGGCAUGGCCACACCUGCCUAAUGAUAGCCUGCUACAAGGGCCACUAUCGCAUUGCCCAGUAUCUGCUGUCGCUGAAUGCGGACGUGAAUCGCUGCAGCAUCAAGGGCAACACGGCGCUGCACGAUUGCGCGGAGUCGGGCUCACUGCAAAUCCUGCAGCUGCUGCUGAAACACGGCGCCACCAUGGACGUGGACUAUUAUGGCAUGACGCCACUGUUGGCUGCCAGCGUCACCGGACACAUGCCCAUUGUGGAGCACCUGAUAACGUUGCCGUGUGUGAGUCGGGUGGCGCGCAUCGAUGCACUGGAGUUGCUCGGCGCAACAUAUGUGGACAAGAAGCGUGACAUGGCCGUUGCGCUGACGCUGUGGCGACGCGCUCUCGAGGAGCGUGCACAGGAGCCGCAAUUGCACAAAAAGGUGCAGGAACCGGUGCCAGCCUACGAGCUGGUCACCGAAGUCACCACCAUCGAAGAGCUCGAGGAGCUGGUACUCGAUCCGGAUGAGAUGCGCAUGCAGGCGCUGGUCAUACGACAGCGCAUUCUAGGACCGACGCAUCCAGACACCAGCUACUACAUUCGUUUCAGGGGCGCCCACUAUGCAGACGCUGGCCGCUUCGAUCGGUGCAUCGAGCUCUGGUCCUAUGCCCUGACUAUGCAACAGAAAAUCUUGCAGCCGCUUAGCCCCAUGACGCAAUCCUCGUUGCUCUCGUUUGCCGAGCUCUUCAGCUUUAUGCUGGUCGAGGCGGGGCGUUUGCUGCCGCGCGGACGCAUUGUGCCGCCCAUUGAGGCGGAUGGGAUGCUCACGAUCUUUCACAAGGCCGUGCUGGAAGUGGAGCGCGGUCAGGCAUUUACGCUGGAGCAGAAUCAACAUCAGCAUCUGCUGCCCGCCGCCAGCAAACAACUGAACCAGUCCUCAUCGACAUCAUCUUCCUCCAGCUCAUCAUCAAACUCAACCACAAGCUCAACAUCCGGCUCAACGUCCGGCUCAACGUCCGGCUCAUCGUCGACCACGUUGCUGUCGGCGCAUCAGCACGACUGCAAUCAUGAUCCCAAUGCACUUAGCCGCACUCUGGUCAGUGCCCUGCACAUCGGUUGCCUGCUCAGCUCGCUGCUCGAGGCGGACAGCUUCUGUCCGGAAAUGCGGCAUCAGAUCAUGAACGCCCUGUAUCGCCUCAAUCGUCUCAAGGUGCACGUGCGCUGCGGUCGCACAGCCCUGCACUAUGCCUGCUAUCGCGAGGGCACCCUGGUCGGUCGCUAUCCCUCGUGCCAGUUCCCAUCGGCAUCGCUGGCCAAGGCGCUGCUGGAAGUGGGCGCCGAUCCGAAUGCCGUGGACGAUGCGGGCAAUACGCCGCUUCAUCUGGCCGCCACGCUGCAGCUCUAUGUCGAGCCGCUGGCUCACACGCUGCUCGAGGGUGGCGCACAUCUGGACACCAAAAACGAUGCGGGCGAGACCUUCGAGUCGCUGCUGGCGCCGACACCUCUGCACAAGAUCAUCGACACGAUGAAGUACACAACGCUUGCGUGUCUGGCGGCGCGCACCAUCAAGCAGCAUGGCAUCAAGUAUCAGAAGACUGUGCCGCCGGCGCUCUACCAGUUCAUUGAGCUGCACUAGGCGACGCUUGUGGGCACAUCCACACUCGGACACACACACACACACAGAGACCGCCCGCCCACCCGCCAUCGAAGCCAUGCCACGUGGAUAGACAUAAUAUACCUACAACUACUAUACCUACUACUAUUACUAUUAUAAAUAUAGAGAGCUGAUCGGAGAGCGUUACUAAUGACUAGGAACUGAUUUGUGAUGUUUGCAAGCGAAGUGCCCAAUCCUGGCGCCAGGAUCAGGAUUGAAUACAAUGACGACAAGUUUGACUAAGAUGAUGCUGCUGAUGAUAAUGAUGAUGACGAUGACGGUUUUGUCAGUUAAACAACAACAACAACAACA